GGAGCGGGGAGCAGCCUGUCUUCUCCAGCACAUACUUUGUGUGUCGUACUCCGGCGGGCGGGCGAGCUCGGGCGGAGAGAACUCCGACGCCGGCUCGCCCCAGCCAGCUCCCCAGGCCGCGGCCAUGGGAGGAGUGGAGGCUGCCGGGGGAGACCCGCUGCUCGGGGUGGUUUUGAAAUAGCGAGGAAGUUGAUCUGGGCUGCCGACCAAGGAGCGAGAGGGAGAGAGGAAAGGGGGAGCCGGGAGGAGCCAGGAUCAUGCACUCGGCUCGUUGAAGCCCAGCAGGCCAGACGGGGAUGUCUGUGAGGAGAGGCGACCCCAGUGCAGAGCGCUGAGGGGGAGUACGUGUCCGCAGGGAGGGGGCUGUGGGGCCUUUUCCAUCUGGGGGCUGACCAGCCUCCCUCUCCCCAGACCCCGCUUGCUUGGACUCAGCUGCAGCUCCCGGCCCCUCCGUGCCCCUGGCGAGAGGACCAUGAAAGAAUUCUGGCUUUGGCAGGGGAUUCAGCCACUCAGCGUGAAACUGACUCUCGGCUAUUUGCAUAGUGUGAUCCUAUUGGCUAAACAGUCCUGUUUCAUGAAGAAGACCUCAUUGGAGAGGACGACGACAUGCCAUCCUUCAGAUACAGACCAGAUGGCAGGACACGGACCAACUGCAGCCGGUGCCAGAAGAACCUGUCGCUCCAGACCUCCGUCAAAGGGCUGUACGUCUUCUGCGUCUUGCUGAUCAUCGCCGUGAUGGUGCUGGCGUCCCUGGUCUUUAAGAAGGUCAAUUCCAUAGCUGAUGACAUCAGCUCGGCCCAGACUUACUACGAGAAGAAGAUCGUGUCUGUCCAGGAGAACCUCCAGGAGCUCGAUCAGAAAUCCUCGGGGAACUGCUCCUUCUGCCAUGACACAGGGCAGCUGGGGCAGGAGAUAAGCAAGUUGCAGGAGGAACUGGAGAAGAUUCAGAAGAUGCUCUUGGGCCAGGAGAUCCUGCUGGACCAGACCUCACAGGGGUACCAGCGGCUCUCAUCCACCAGCAGCAAGAUCACCAGUGAGAUGGAUGGCUGCUCGUUCUCCAUCCGGCAGGUCAACCAGACCUUGGGGCAUUUCCUAGCCCAGGUGAGAGGCUGGCAGGCGGCCACCUCGGCGCUGGAUGACUCCCUGAAGGGGCUGCUGCAGGAGCGGUACGACGUCAAGGCGGUGGUGGAGCAGAUGAACUUCACGGUGGGGCAGACCUCGGAGUGGAUCCACGCCAUCCAGCGGAAGACGGACGAGGAGACGCUGACUCUGCAGAAGAUGGUGACCGAGUGGCAGAACUACACCCGGCUCUUCGGGAACCUGAGGGCCACCUCGUCCAAGACCAGCGAGCUGGUGAAGAGCAUCCAGGCCAGCAUGAGCUUGGCCUCGCAGAGGAUCAGCCAGAACGCGGAAGGCAUGCAUGACCUGGUGCUGCAGGUGAUGGGACUCCAGCUGCAGCUAGAUAAUAUCUCCUCCUUCCUGGACGACCACGAGGAGAACGUGCACGACCUGCAGUACCACACCAGGUACACACAGAACCGGACGGCGGAGCAGUUCGAGACCCUGGAGGGGCGCAUGACCUCGCACGAGAUCGAGAUCAGCACCAUCUUCACCAACAUCAACGCCACGGACAGCCACGUGCACAGCAUGCUCAAGUACCUGGACGACGUGCGGCUCUCCUGCACCUUGGGCUUCCACUCCCACGCCGAGGAGCUGUAUUACCUGAACAAGUCUGUCAGCCUGAUGCUGAGCACCACGGACCUGCUGCGGGAGCGGUUCAGCCUGCUCAGCGCCCGGCUGGACUUCGACAUCCGGAACCUGUCCAUGAUCAUGGAGGAAAUGAAAGUGGUGGACGUGAGGCACGGGGAGAUUCUGCGCAACGUCACCAUCUUACGAGGUGUGCCUGGCCUCCCUGGACCCAGAGGACUCAAAGGCGACGUGGGAGUGAAGGGGCCCGCAGGAAGCAAGGGGGAGAAGGGUGACGCCGGGGGCCUGGGCUCUCCCGGCCCGCAGGGCUCCAGAGGACCUCCAGGCAUCCCAGGCCCUCAAGGCGAGAGGGGACCGAUCGGCGUGAAGGGCGUGCCGGGCUUUAAAGGCGCUAAGGGCAGCUUUGGGCAAGCUGGCCUCAAAGGACAGAUGGGCCUGAAAGGCGACAUGGGCCCUCAGGGGCCGGAGGGAGCUCCGGGGCCGGUGGGGCCAGCAGGGCCGCGAGGGAAGCCAGGGAUCCCAGGGAAGCCAGGAUCUCCAGGCCAGCUUGGCCCACCAGGUCCAAAGGGAGACCCUGGUGUGCGUGGGCCCCCAGGCUUACCAGGGCCACCGGGUGUCUAAGCCAGCCCCACCCACAGCCCUGCCCUACGGGAUGCUGGCCCAGCUGGGACGGGGAGGGGAGGUCUCUGCAGUGCUGAGUGAACGUGCCAGCUGGCCGGAGGCGCAUCCCAAGGCCUGUCACUAGCAUCCCCCUGGGAGAUUCAGCCGGUGAUCCCGGCAGGGAGCCCGACCCCCUGCACCCUUCCCAGGACGUCCUGCCUGAGCAGAGCGGCUGGGAUCCCCGCUCGCUGUUAGGACCUGGAUCCACGCUGACCUGCACAGCAGGCAGCCCCCAGAGACAGCCGAGGGCAGCACGGCCCCCUGGAUGGGAAACCAGCGCUGUCCACGUCCCGCCCUUCCCUUUCCAAGAGCCUGCUUGUACCUGUUUGACCCAGACACGUGGGGCUGUUUGAAAGGCAAAGAGCUAAAUCUCCGUGUGUGUGAAAGAGACUGUGCUAGGCCUUGCCAAGAACACCCUGGGCUUUGCCCUGCAGCUGGGCCCAAGCAGGCCUCCCACGUCUCUCGUUCCCUGGCAGAGCCUGGGCGUUUUGCUGCCUGGCACAGACCGACGUGCCUCCGGCCGCUUCAUUGCCUUGGUUUCCAUCAUCCGCUUCUUUCCCUGCAUCCUCUGCUCCAGCCCUCGCUCACUGCAAGUGGGUCUGGGCCCCGCGCUCUCAUUCCACACCUGGUCGGGGCUGUCUCUGUGUAUUCAGACACGUUGAUUCUCCCUCCUGGCCCACAUGGCAGCCAGUUGGGCGUGGUCCAGAUGGCCUCAGCUGCUGGUACCCGUUCAGCUCCUGGUGGGCAGAAACCCAUGGCACAAUCACCCCUGUUGUCAGUAGCUACCGGUGUGGUGCUUUGCUCUUGUUCGAUGAUGAUAACAGUCGGCUGCAUGCGUGUCCCCUCUGUGUGCUGCCCCGGCUCUGCGCAGAUCGCUGACACAGCAGACCCGACAAGAACCCCCAAAGACACAGACUCUAGUAAGGUACGAAGGAACCCGAGCCAGGUUUAUUGUCAAACGAAGCACAGUAAUACUUCCCCGUAGACUCUACAAGACAUACUACGAAUUUGUGCCCCCUGGCAAUGGACCAGCUCAGUCAGUGACCGGACUCUCCACUGCCCCCUAGACUGGCCAAAGACGCGCACUCCGGGACCUACUUUUAUACAAAUUACUCAUCCCUAUUGACGUAUUGAGAUACAGCCCCUUGGCUCAUUAGGGUGCUGUCUCCCCUUUGAUCAUGUUGUUCCAGACAUACAGAUCUAUCCAUCGUGCUGUCCUGUCUUUAAGAUGCACCUGCCUGUUCCUUGUUAUGUCUAUGGAGUGUCCUUGUAUCAGGCUGUCCGGGUGCCAUCUUGGCACAAGUUCCUCUUAUUAGCCCUUAUGUGUGAACGCACCUGCUUCUAACAACCCUCUUCUCGCUAAGUUCUGUGAGUGGGGCCUGCCUCUGGCUCACAGCCCAGCUUUUGCUUAGCAAUGCCUGGAAGAACUUUGGUUCAGGCAUCAGGCCUCAGACUAGGCCUCUGACACAAGAGUUUAUAUUUCAGGGCCUCAUCUUACUACACCCACCAUCUCCGCUGGCACCCUCACUGGCUGCUUGCAAUAGAGGGGCCAAGGAUCGAACGGGCCCUGCUCCCCCCGAAGAGGGCUCCCUCCAAGUCAAGAUCGAGGGAUUUGGGGAGCAGACACUGUGCCCUAGGCAGCCAAGGCCACAGGCUCUGAAUUCACGUUUAAAACCUCCAGCCCCUUUGCAUCGAGAGCCCCUAAGAAGGAUGCUGACAGAUUGCAGCGGGGUCAGAGAGGAGCCGUGACUGAUUAAAGAAUCAGAGAACAUGUGCUAUAGUGAUAGACGCAAGGAGCUCGAUCUAUUAGCUUCACAGAGAGAUGGCUAGGGGGUGACUUGAUCCCGGUCUGUAAGUAUUUAGUAAUGGGAUCUUCAGUCUAGCAGAGGAAGGUCUAACACAACCCAACGACUGGGCGUUGAAGCGAGACACAUUCAGACUGGAUAGAAAAUGUACAGUUCAGAAAGUGAGGGUAAUUAACCGUUGGAGUAGCUUACCAUGGGCGGUGCUGGAUUUGUCAUCAGUGCCAUUUUUAAAUCACAAUUGGACGUUUGUCUAAAAGCUCUGCUCUAGGAAUUAUCUGGGGCAGGUCUCCGGCCUGUGUCAUGCCAGGUGGGUGGGGAGGAAGGGGUCAGACUAGCUGAUCACAGUGGGCCCUCCUGGCCUUGGGAUCCAUGAAAAGCUCCUUUGACAGCUACAGAGGCCCUGGGUGACCUGCCGAAAGCCACGUGCUGAGCCAGGGUGGAGUUAGAACCGAAGCCCCCGACUCACUCCCAGGCCGGUGGCUGAUUGAGAGGAGCACGGCUCCCUCUGUGGCUGGGCUGAACAGCUCAGCUCAUUGCUGUUCAGGAAUUGUAUUUAGAUCGCCCAGUGCUCAUCGUCUGGCAGAAGCUGGGGGGGAGUCAGUGAGAAUCUAGGAAGGGGUCACGCAGCAAGUCAGCACAGUACAGCUGGGAACCGAACCCCGGUCUCCGGAUUCCGGCUGCAGGAAGCGGCAGCACCUGGCAGUUCUGCAGGACCUUGCACCCAGCGGUGGGAGCCAGCAGACUGGGGUUUCACAGGAAUUGGCAGACUGGCUCAGCCCUGCGGCCCAGCUAGCCCAGCGUCCUGGCUCAGGCAGCAGUAGCACUAGAUGAUUCAGAGGAAGGUCUGAGACACCCCCUCCCCCCAGCUGCUGAUGAGGGAGAAUCUGCCCCUGACAUAGGGCUAAUCCUGAUCCCUAACAGUUAGGUAGAAGGCUGGAUAUUCCUGUUACCCAUAGACAUGCCCAAGUCCCUUUGACUUAUGUUAAGGUUUUAGCCUCAGUGACCUCCAGUGGCAGUGAGUUCCACAGACUAAUUGUGCCUUGUGUGAAAAAAAUAUUUUCCUUUGAUCAGCUUCUGAAUCUGCCCCUUCUAAUUUUCUUUGCAUGUCCCCUUGUUUAUGUCUCAUGAAUCAGGGAGAACAGAAGCUCCCGAUCUCCCUCCUCCAGAUGACUCAUUAUUUUAUAGGCUUCGAUCAGGUCCCUUCUUAGUCGGCUCCUCUCUAAGGUGUCAUUUGAAGCUCUGUCAGUGAGCGUGGUCAAGUCCCUUCCACCGCUCUGCGCCUCAGUUUCCCCAUCUGUGAAAUGGGAACAAGAAGACUCCCCCAGCUUCGAGAGGUGUGGCUGGAGAGCACUGCUUGUUACUGCCAUUCGGGCCUGUUUGCAGGGGCAGUUUAGAGAUGUGGAGGGAGAUCCGUCCUCGUCCGUUCCCAUUCAGCAAUCCAUCACCAUGGGGUCAAUGACUAAUGGAGCAUGGGGGCACCAGGCUUGGGGAGGGGGGGCUUUACGUGGCUGCAGCAGCUGGGGAAGGAAGGGGAGGCCUAGGGGAGAGGCACCACGUGGGUUUUGGGGAACACCCUGGGUGGUGGGGGCGGCUGAGCUGUGGGGCCGGGGUCAUGAGCCAAAUGGAAGAGGAAGUGUUUGGGGGGAGACGGAGCUGGGGAGCCGUCUGGCUGGGGGCCUAGAGGUGAAGCAGGCUGGGGGAGGUCUCGGGCUGACUCAGGAGCUGGGAGGGAUUGGGAAGCGGAGCGGUGAAGAGGCUGGGGAGAUCCUGGAUCUGAGCCCCUGACUGGCAAGUGGCCCCAGCGCCGCACCAGGAUGACAGGCCCAGGCCCUGCCUCUGUUCAGCCACGGGGCCCACGGUUUGUGGCAGGCACAAAACUGGGCAAAACGGCCUCCCAGAGGCCCGUGUGAACACAACGCUCGGCCUCGCUGCCUGAGCCGGCCCUGCCCCAGAACAGCCACUGUGUUACGGUUCAGACCCUGCCUCUCGCGUGCCGAGCCUGGGCUGGCGCGGGCACCUACCUGCAGGACCAUCCCCUGGCCUGCCGCAACCCCCCAAACCCACCCAAAACACCAGCGCUCUGGGGAGUGCCCGGUCUGGCUGCCACCCCUGUGCCAGGCCCGAGGGAACCAGCCCAUAGACAAAGUCCCCUGGCCUUGGCUCUGGGCACAGGCGUGGGAGGGGGUCUCGCCCCAUUCCUGCUGAGCGGUGAUGGUGCCUUACGCGAUGAGACGUGGCGCAGGCCGGUGUGAUGUCGCGUGUGUGCUACAUGGGGCAGCUGGUUUGCGUCAUCUCUCUCCUGCCCUUUUCACCCUGGUAUCUACCCACGCUAUAAUGGCAAAUGUAUUCCUGGAUCAAUAAAGAUACGACUGU